ACAACUACUGAACAUUCUUGUGACAGCUUCUUUGUGAAUGUGUCACUGUUCUUGAUUUGCACACGCCUUAUAAUUUAGGCCUUCUUUUGUUUUGGGUUGGCAGUUCCAACUGUUAAAGCUCUUGUCUGAUUAUGUGGGACUCCCCGUUUUAAUGGGAGCAGCCUCUUUGCUGCAUUUUUCAAAAAUGGUCUUGGAAGCUUCUUACUGUGGUUCUUUGUUGGGGACAAAGGAUUAUUUAUGCUAAAGGAAAAUGUAUUCCCCACUGAAUUAGCUCGUGGGAAGCAUAACAAGCUCAUUAUUAAUGCUCAGUUGUACUUUGGCCUUUUGCUGUGGUAGGGAGAAGGAAAAAUGACAUCAAAAAGGACAUUCUGCUGUCCUUUGCCUUCCCGCAAAGAAAAUGUGAUGUAAUAUUAGACUUCUCUGUUAGGUUUAGGUCAAGUUCAACUUUGGUACCAGCAGAAAUUGUUCCUGAAAGGAAAGUAGUGUGUAUAGUUGACACUGUGUAUGAGAAAAGUAAUUUCAUUCAAUAUAGACGACCAUGCAGCCUGCAAUUCAAGUGUGGUUUGGAGAAGACCUGCCUCUAAGUCCACGGAGCCCUCUGACCCCCAGACACGGCCCAGGCUUGGCUGACGUCUGUCAAUAUGACGAGUGGAUAGCUGUGAGGCAUGAAGCUACCCUGUUGCCCAUGCAGGAAGACCUGUCUAUUUGGUUAUCUGGUUUAUUAGGUAUUGAGGUUAAGGCAGAAGGAUUAUUGGAAGAACUUGAUAAUGGAGUACUGUUAUGCCAACUGAUUGAUGUUCUUCAAAACAUGGUGAAAACAUGCAACUCUGAAGAACCAGAGAAUUUUCCAAUGAGAAAAGUGCCCUGUAAGAAAGAUGCUGCCUCAGGUUCAUUCUUUGCUAGAGACAAUACCGCAAACUUCCUUCACUGGUGUAGGCACAUUGGAGUGGAUGAGACUUACCUCUUUGAAUCUGAAGGUUUAGUUUUGCACAAAGAUCCAAGACAGGUGUAUCUUUGUCUUCUUGAAAUUGGUCGAAUUGUAUCAAGAUAUGGGGUGGAGCCACCAGUAUUAGUAAAACUUGAGAAAGAAAUUGAGCUAGAAGAGACCUUACUUAAUACCUCUGGGCCUGAAGAUUCCAUCAGCAUUCCAAAAUCCUGCUGUCAGCAUGAAGAGCUACAUGAAGCUGUCAGACAUAUUGCUGAAGACCCUCCUUGUAGUUGUUCUCAUCGAUUUUCUAUUGAGUACUUAUCUGAGGGACGAUACCGACUAGGAGAUAAAAUCCUCUUUAUAAGAAUGCUUCAUGGAAAACAUGUCAUGGUCCGUGUUGGUGGAGGCUGGGAUACUCUUCAAGGAUUUUUGCUUAAAUAUGAUCCCUGUCGAAUAUUACAGUUUGCUACACUAGAACAAAAAAUUCUGGCAUUUCAAAAAGGAGUUUCUAAUGAAAGUGUACCUGAUUCGCCCACGAGAACACCUCAGCCUCCUGAGAUGAAUCCUUUGUCAGCAGUUAGCAUGUUUCAGAAACAAAAAUCAAAACCUGGCACAGCAAUUGGUGGUCCAAGGAGCAAAGAAAAGCAAGCAUGCCCUCCAAUUGUGUUGAAGUCAGCGUCUUCCCAGAAAACAGGAACUCUGGGCUCUGUGUCAGGCUGCUCUAAAUUGCCAAAUUCUCCAGCAGCAUCUUCUCAUCUCAAACUCACAUCUUCAAAUGGCAAAACAAAGAAACCACAAGUGCCCUCCAACAGUGUGUCAUCCUCACUUGCUUUAAAUCCAGUAGGUAAAAGCGCUUCAUCAGCUUUAUCAACAACUGUGCCUUGUGCCUCUAAGUCAAUGAGAAGAAAUAUCUCACCCAAAACUCCUAAGGUCAAGUUUAUUCCAGUCCAGAAAUCAAGAGAUAUGCCUGAGUCUACACUUUUGCCAAAUAAGUGUUCUGGAAAAACUGAACUGAAGCAUUUGAAACACAAUCACAUAUCUUCCAGUGCAGUAUCUCACUCAACUGCACAUUUAAGUUCAUCCUCAAAGUGUCCAAAGCUACCUAAUGCAAAUAUACAUGUAAGACCUAAGCCAUCUUCUUUCCAGCCCCCAGCAAACAUGACAAAAUCCAGGUCUAAAACCAUAACCGCAGGCGGGGGAACACGGUCUCAGCCAUCUGAUGGAGCCCUGCAAGCAGGGGCAGUGCCAGCACAGAAACUUAGGUCAGCCUUGAAUGUAAACCAGCCGCUUUCUGUGUCCUCAGUUGUUCCUGCAAAAGCUGCACAGGAAUUGAAAGAUAAGAGGAUAGUUUCAGUUGCCAAAAAGCAGCCUCAGAAUAAAAGUGCACCCCAGAAGGCAGCACCCAACUCCUCAAAGUCCCCUGGCCGUGCCCCACUGUCCAUCAUGAGUCUCCCCCAGUCUUCUGCCAAAACACAAACUGUACCAAAGUCAGCACAGACUGCUGUCACUAAGAGCCAGUCUCCAACUAAAGGGCCACCAAAAAGUGGCAGAGCCCCAGCUUCAACCAGAAAGCCACCCUCAUCUGGUAAGGAAGCGGUUAGUGGAGAUAAAAAACCUGCCACAAAGGAAAAGGAAGGCGAUGACCAUUAUUUUGUUAUGACAGGGAACUUAAUCUCUCAGAGACAUAAUUUUUUCAUCUGCAAUGAAGAAUAG